UUUUUCUUUUGCAUCUAAUUUAUGGUUCUGUACAUUUCUUUCUCCUCUGCAUAAAUCUCAACCACAGUUUUUACUAUUCUUAUUUCUCACCUGCUUUGCAUUUGGUGGGACGGAGGUCGUAUUAUACUACGUACAAAAGAAAGAGAAAUCUUGGCCACUUUCCCGCCCAAACAUCAAGCCAAAAAUGGGUGUCGAGUUACACUUCACGUGGGUUUUAAGAGAUGACGCAUACGAACGUUCACGAAGGAAGCACAAAGACAUUCGUUGUUUGAAAGGGAACGCUCGGACUUGCUAUGGUGGUACCAAAGUUUCAAGCGGCGGAUGGAGAAAGAGAGGUUGUGAGGCUAGAUGGCAGCUAUUUAAUAAUUGGGCCGGACCAUUGAAAUAUUUAGAACCUGUUUGAGUAUGGGAGCCCCUAGCGCAAGCCUCGCAGAAGCGCAAAUUGGGAGGAACGAAACUCUGUAAAUCUAAAACGCAAAACACUUCCUUCUCUGGGGAACCUCUGUAGCGCAAAAAUGCAGGAACGAAGCAAUAAACGCAGAAAGCCAAAUUUUUCCCCUCCAAUUCCA